AUGGCUCCUUUCCGUUUCGGGGGGCCUUUGGACAAGAACCCCGGGGGCCAGGAUCCGGUCACGCCCCCCGAUAGCGCCGUCCGCUGCCCCGACAUGGACCGAACCGCCAACGACGCCUCCUUCGCCACCAACCACACUCUUGCCAACGGGCAGACGGCUCGCGUUACUUACACCUUUGGCGAGAUCAACUCCAUGUGGGCCACUCUUCAGGACGCUCGGCGCGAAGGGCUUUUCCCCACUACUACGGCCACCUUCAACGAUACUCGCGCGGUUAUCGAGGACUACGGUUACUACAUGAGCCUUCGUUCCCUCCGCGGCGACGCUCCGCCCGACCAGUGGCCCGACAUGCCUGAAGUCGCCGAGUCCCUAACUCAGAUCACUCGGGAUAUCCGCGCUCGCGAUAAGGUCGCGGCCAACGCCUCCGAGAGCGAUCGCGUUCGCGCUCACGUCAACAACAUGAUGAGCGGUGUCAAUGCCGAGGCUCGUCUUUACUCGAUUGUUCAGCAUGCCGUCAAUUAUGCCCACCAGAACGGAUCUGGCGAGCAGGCCACUACUCUUACUGGCCAGACCAUGGCUGCUCUUCUCGACGGAAUUCGCGGCGUCAUCACUGAGAUGGCUGGAAAGGGCACUCACAACGUCAAUGGUACUAACGUUGAUGCUGUCAUGGAGGAUGUCUUUGGUGUUAUUGAUAUGGCCCUUAACGAGAAUGCCAACAAGGUUGAUGGCCAACUCAACCGUGUUGAUGGGCAGAUUAUGCAUCUCGAUGCCAUUGUUCACCAUGUCGGCGCUAUCGAUGGGCAUGUUCACUCUCUUGGCAACAACCUCAAUGCCAUGAGCACCCUUCUCAACUCGACCAACGGGAACGUGGUUUCUCUCAACACGCAGCUCGGUCUCCUUCAGAGCAUCGUCAAUCUUCUUCCUCAGAUGAUCCAGCAGGCUCUCGAGGAUGUGCUCCCUCAGGGCAUUCAGCCCAUCAUUACUAUUCUCGAGCAGCAGCUAGGUGUUGCCUUGGCCAACCGUAUCGGAGCAAUUGCCGCCGCGAACAAGAAGGCCCGUCGGGCCAAGAAGUUCUCUAAGUUCCUCAACUUCUUUAAGAAGCCCUCCGACAAGGGCGACCGGAAGGACGGGAACGGCGACAAGGACUUCGGGCCCGGGGCCGGCUUCGGCGGUGGCAUUGCUGCCUAA